ACUCCUGUCUCCACGUGGUUUGAGCGUGUCUCCAUGCUGGCUAUUCUUCUGAACUGUGUGACGUUGGGAAUGUUCCAGCCCUGCGGCGACGUUCACUGUCUCAACAACCGCUGCUCUUUCCUACAGGCUCUGGAUGAUGGUAUCUUUGUGUUCUUUGCGGUGGAGAUGCUGGUGAAGAUGGUGGCUCUGGGUGUUCUAGGUCAGAAGGGUUACCUUGGUGACACCUGGAACAGACUGGACUUCUUCAUCGUUAUCAUCGGGAUGUUGGAGUACUCUCUAGACGGACACAACGUCAGCCUAUCAGCCAUCAGGACUGUCAGGGUGCUCCGCCCACUACGAGCCAUCAACAGAGUACCCAGUAUGCGUAUCCUGGUGACUCUGCUCCUAGACACUCUCCCCAUGCUGGGGAACGUUCUGGCACUCUGUUUCUUCGUCUUCUUCAUCUUCGGCAUCGUGGGCGUGCAGCUGUGGGCGGGGCUACUGAGGAACAGGUGCUUCAUGGGAGAAGACUUCAAAACGAUAUACAACGUCUCCUUCCUGACUGUGUACUAUCGUCCCGAGGAGACGGAGGAUCCCUUUAUCUGCUCAACCAAUCGGGAGAACGGAAUGCUGCGGUGUUCCGACGUUCCGCGCCGCCGAGUGGACGGGUCCUGGUGCAUGCUGGGGGCAGAAGGGGUAGGGGAGGGGCCUGGGGCAGAUGGACCAAUAGGAGGCGGGUGUGUGAACUGGUACCAGUAUUAUAAUGUCUGUCGGGCUGGGGAGCGAAACCCUCAUAAAGGAGCCAUCAACUUUGACAACAUCGGAUACGCCUGGAUCGCUAUCUUUCAGGUGAUAACUCUGGAAGGCUGGGUGGACAUCAUGUACUAUGUAAUGGAUGCUCACUCCUUCUACAACUUCAUCUACUUUAUAUUCCUCAUCAUCGUGGGCUCGUUCUUCAUGCUGAACCUGUGCCUGGUCGUCAUAGCGACCCAGUUCUCAGAGACGAAGCAGCGCGAGAACGCCCUGAUGAGGUCGGAGCAGCGCGCCCGUUACCUCAGCAACGCCUCCACUCUAGCUUCCUAUCAGGAGCCGGGGUCCUGCUACGAGGAGAUACUGCGCUACAUCGGACACCUGUACCGUAAACUGACCCGCAGAGUCGCCCGGGCCAUCACACGCUGCUCUACACACACACCUCGCUGUACAUGUUGGACACACGCACACCAACACACACCCAAAAGAGAGGUGAACGGAAUGGCCAAUCGGCACUCGGGACAUGGCGUCUUCCACCUUCGUCCUCCUCCUCUUCCUCGUCCGCCUAACUGCGUGGGGGUGGAGAUGAGUAACGGGGGAGUAGGGAGGAAGUUCAACUACCCCUCUAUCUACCCCCACGACCUCUACGACCUGACCCCCGACCCCAGCUACAUGACCUCCAAGGGGAGGGGCCACACCGUCACACUGGUGUUAGAGCCCAAUAAGAAGGCAGAGCACAGGGAGGUGUUGCCGUGCCCCUACUGCGUCCACGACGACCAGCUUUGUGACAACGACCAUGCCGAUUUUGAACCUAGCAACCGGCGCCAUGGCAACCUGAGCCCUCGCCGCGGUAACAGCCUUCGGCGUGUCGAUGGACAGGCCUUGAGGCCGAUCAGGGACCUAGUUGGGUGGUGGGCGGAGCUACAGGCCAGGUUGGAGCAUGUGGUGAGCAGUAGAUACUUCAACAGAGGGAUCAUGAUCUCCAUCCUCAUCAACACUCUCAGUAUGGGGAUAGAGUUCCACCAACAGGGGGUCAUGAUCUCCAUCCUCAUCAACACUCUCAGUAUGGGGAUAGAGUUCCACCAACAGCCCCAGGAGCUGACGGACAUCCUAGAGAUCAGUAAUCUAGUGUUCACCAGUCUCUUCAGUCUGGAGAUGCUGCUGAAGCUGCUGGCCUUCGGACUCUUCGGCUAUAUCAAGAACCCGUACAACGGCUUUGACAGCGUCAUCGUCAUCAUCAGUGUAUGGGAGAUCGUUGGGCAGGCGGACGGCGGUCUGUCAGUCCUGCGUACGUUCCGUCUGCUGCGGGUCCUAAAGCUGGUCAGGUUCCUGCCCGCCCUGCGCAGACAGCUGGUGGUUCUGAUGAAGACUAUGGACAACGUAGCCACCUUCUGCAUGCUGCUCAUGCUCUUCAUCUUCAUAUUCAGUAUCCUAGGCAUGCAUCUGUUUGGCUGUAAGUUUGGUCUGAAGCUGGACAGUGGAGACACGCUACCUGACAGGAAGAACUUUGACUCGCUGCUCUGGGCUAUCGUCACUGUGUUCCAGAUCCUGACUCAGGAGGACUGGAAUCUGGUCCUGUAUAACGGUAUGGCCUCCACCUCUCCUCUCGCUGCUCUCUACUUUGUGGCUCUGAUGACCUUUGGGAACUACGUCCUCUUCAACCUGCUGGUGGCCAUCUUGGUGGAGGGCUUUCAGGCGGAGGGUGAUGCUAACAGGUCAGAGUCCGACGAUGAGAAACUGUCGACCUUAGAAGAGGAGGAGAAGAUGAAGGAGCUGUAUUCAGCAGAGUUGAAGCUCCAGGCGAUGAUGUUGACUCCUAAUGGCCUUCUGAAUCCCCGAGCCUCCAUGCCCCUCCCACCCACACAGUCACCGUGGCAACAACCGCCGCCACCAUCCCCACGGCAACGCCCGCCACUCAUCCUGCACACAUUGGCCACGCCCACAACUUGCGACAGCCAAUCACGACGGGGCAGCGCCGUCUCUACGGACACAAGCAACACCCUGGACCCCAGGUCACCGUCUCCAUGGGACAGCCGACGCGCCAGCUGGUCUUCUAUUGGCCGAGGUCCCAGCCUACAGCAGCGGAGGAGCCAAUCUAGUGAGAGAGAUUCUCUGCUGUCAGAAGGGGCGGGGUCAGAAUGGUCCAAUCCCAGCUGGGGUUGGAGCAGGGAGGAGUCUUUCGACCUCCUGGACCAAUCAGAGUAUCUGACCGUGCCGAUGCUCCGCCCACCUGACUGCAACGGGAAGACCUUUCACCUCCCUGACGCCGGGACCCUACGUUACUAUAGCGACCACGAGGAGGAGGAGGAGGACGCUGAGGAGAGUGUAUGUUUGCGGGUGAAGCUGGUCCUGGAGCCCUAUAAGCCCCAGUGGUGUAGAGAUCAUGAGGACUGGCUCUACCUGUUCUCCCCAUGUAACAGGUUUCGUCAGUGGUGUCAGAGAGUGAUAACUCACAAGAUGUUUGAUCACAUAAUCCUCCUUUUCAUCUUCCUCAACUGCAUCACCAUCGCUCUGGAGAGACCAGACAUACAGACACACAGUACAGAGAGAGUGUUCCUCAGUGUGUCCAACCAUAUCUUCACUGUGAUCUUCAUAGCAGAGAUGACCGUUAAGGUGGUAGCCCAGGGUCUGUACUCAGGUGAAGCAGUCUAUCUGAAGAGCAGCUGGAAUGUUCUGGAUGGACUGUUGGUGUUUGUAUCUCUGCUGGACAUUCUGGUUUCCAUAGCAUCCGCCGGCGGUAACCGUAUCCUAGGAAUCCUCAGAGUGCUGCGACUCCUGCGUACCCUUCGACCCCUCAGGUGUGUGAUGUAACGUGUCCCCGGUCUGAAGCUGGUAGUAGAGACUCUGAUCACGUCUCUGAGACCCAUCGGAAACAUCGUCCUCAUCUGCUGCGGCUUCUUCAUCGUGUUUGGAAUACUGGGAGUACAGCUUUUCAAGGGUAAGUUCUUCCACUGUGAGGGGGCGGACGUGAGGAACGUGACCAAUAGGACUGACUGUCUCCGUGCCGGCUACCGGUGGACACGACGCAAAUACAACUUCGAUAACCUGGGACAGGCGUUGAUGUCUCUGUUUGUCCUGUCCUCUAAAGACGGGUGGGUCAGCAUCAUGUAUGACGGACUGGACGCCGUUGGGGUAGACCAGCAGCCGGUGAGGAACCACAACCCGUGGAUGCUCCUGUUCUUCAUCUCCUUCCUCCUCAUCGUCAGUUUCUUCGUCCUCAACAUGUUCGUGGGCGUCGUCGUGGAGAACUUCCACAAGUGUCGUCAGGACCAGGAGGAAGAGGAGGCCAAGGCCCGGGAGGAGAAGAGAGCCAAGAGAGCAGAGAAGAGGAGGAGGAAGGCCCAGGAGAGGCCCUACUAUGCAGACUACUCCCCGGUGCGUCUCACCAUCCACACGUUGUGCACCAGCCACUACCUGGACCUCUUCAUCACCGUCAUCAUCGCUACCAACGUCCUCACCAUGAGCAUGGAGCACUACAACCAGCCGCAGUAUCUGGAGGAGGGGUUGAAGUAUUGUAACUACGUCUUCACUCUGGUGUUUGUUAUCGAGACGGUCCUCAAACUCAUCGCCUUCGGGCUGAGACGCUUCUUCAAGGAGAGGUGGAACCAGCUGGACCUGGCCAUCGUGUUGUUGUCCGUGAUGGGCAUCACUCUGGAGGAGAUUGACCUCAACGCGUCCCUGCCCAUCAACCCCACCAUCAUACGCAUCAUGAGAGUACUGAGGAUCGCUAGAGUGUUGAAGCUUUUGAAGAUGGCAACAGGGAUGAGGGCUCUACUAGACACUGUAGUUCAGGCCCUGCCUCAGGUGGGGAAUCUGGGUGGGUGUUAUAAUAAUCUGUCUGG